AUGCUUGCCCUCGAGUACUAUAUCAGCACCGCGGUGCUUGCACCUGGCACUUUGGUAGCGAGCAAGUUCGAAAAUCGCAAGUGUCCAGAUGCCCUGACACACUCGAGCCAGCACAACCCUCGCUUCAUCAUGUCGGCAUUUGAGCUCCCAAAGCCUUACCCUAGAGUGCAAGUCAGAAUACCGGCGAAUGUCACACGCGAACAGUUACUGUCCUUCAUUCCCUUCAAGAAUUGGCUUGAAACUUUGCAAAAAUCCUUGUCAUUGCAGUCCACACAACAUCAUCCUUUCCACAAAAUGGAGGAGCGUUAUACCCUGCGCCAGAUCGAUGUGCAUGCGGUGGAAUACUUCGGUAGUCGCAUAGGGUUCGUCCUGAUGGAGACCAUUGUCCAGAAUGACGCAGACUCGAGGCCUUUGCCCGGAAUCGUCUUUCUCCGAGGCGGCAGUGUAGCCAUCCUUAUGAUACUUCGGCCGCUAGGAGACAGCACUGAUCGCUGGGUGAUAAUGACACAACAGCCGCGCAUCCCGGCGGGAAGUCUUCGAUUCUUCGAGAUUCCGGCGGGAAUGAUUGACGAGGAGGGCACUUUCGUGGGUGCAGCUGCCACCGAAAUCCGAGAGGAGACAGGCAUUAAGGUCCCAAAGCACGAGCUUAUGGACAUGACGGAGCUGGCCUUGAAGAACUCCAAGAAUGUGGAACCGCACCUGAAAAAAGCCAUGUACCCGAGCCCUGGAGGCUGCGACGAGUUCAUUGCACUCUUCCUGUGGGAAAGGAGGAUGUCUUUGAGGGAGAUAAAGGAACUCGAAGGCAAGCUGACGGGGAACGCCAAAGACCGAGAGAAAAUCGAGGUCAAGCUGGUCAAAUAUGAGGACUUGUGGAGAGAAGGAGCGAGGGACGCCAAAACCCUCGCUGCCUGGGCAUUGUACGAGAACCUGACGAGAGAUGGAUCGUUGAAAUAA